AUGGGCAGCGAGGACGAGGGCGGAGACGAGGAUGAGGGGUCGGAUGAUGGCGACUAUGAAGACUUCCCCGAAAUUGACACCAGCAGUGAUACGGAGGACGAAGGGGACGACGAAGAUGAGCUCGAAGACGAAGAAGACGAGGACGAAGGCGAAUCCGACGCCUCCGACGACUCUCUUCACGUAUGGCCCAAACCAAAGACCGUCAUAUCCGACAUCACCGGCCAGCCCAUACGCGUGUACCCUGAUAUUGAGCCGGACUACGACUCAGACUCGUCUACCGAAGACACACCUAACCGCGUCGGUGACAUCCCCAUGCACUGGUACGACGAUCUACCCCAUGUAGGCUACGAUAUUAACGGCAAGAAGGUCCUCCGCCCUGCGCGAGGAGACGAGCUGGAUAAGUUCCUCAAGACAGUGGAGGACCCAGAGGCAUGGACGUCUGCUUUCGACAAGAACAUGCAGUCGGACAAGCCUUUGACCUCUGAGGAAUUGGACAUCAUUCGACGGUUGCAACAGGGUGAGAACCCGGACGCCAACUAUGACCCUUACGAGCCAACUGUGGAGUGGUUCACCGGAAAAGGCAAGGAGGAGGUUAUGCCACUAUCCGCUGCUCCCGAGCCCAAGCGGAGAUGGGUACCUAGUAAGUGGGAAAAGCAGAAGGUCAUGAAGAUCGUCCGUGCCAUCCGCCAGGGCCGUAUUUUGCCCAACAAGCCGAAAACCGCGUCUGGCGCGCCUCAGUUCUACGCCAUCUGGAAUGAGGACCCGUCCACUGGUCCCGCGCCCGCACCUGCUCCCAAGCCGACACUCCCUGGCAACUCGGAAUCUUACAACCCUCCUGAGGAGUACUUGCCCACUCCCGAAGAGCGCAAAAAGUGGGAGGAGACUGACCCGGAGGACCGUGAGCGCGAAUUCAUGCCGCAGAAGUAUGCGGCGCUGCGCCUGGUGCCCGCGUACGACAACUUCAUCAAGGAGCGGUUCAGCCGACAGCUCGAUCUGUAUCUCGCGCCGCGCGUACAGCGCGUGAAGCUACGCAUCGACCCAGAGAGCCUUAUCCCGAAGCUCCCGAGCCCGAGCAGCCUGCGCCCGUUCCCCGUGUAUCGCAGUCUACAGGUCCCGCACGAGGAGGUUCGCACACGCGCGGUCAGCGUCAGCCCCGAUGGCGCGUGGGUCGUGAGUGGGGACGAAAGCGGGCUUGUGCGCCUGUGGGAGGUCCUUGUGGGCAAGGAGGUGAAGCGGUGGAAGUUCAAGGGCAAAGUUGGCUCGGUCGAGUGGUGCCCGCGGAUGGACGUCAGCUUCUUCGCUGUCGGAAUCGAGGACCACAUACACUUCCUCAUCCCGCCAAAUCUCCCUGGUCCCAUACUCACCGCCACACAAAACGUGCUCGCGCCCGCCACCCUCCCUCCGCCCCCUGCGGUCGCGUCACCCGUCAAGUGGAAUUCUGUACCCGCAGCGCAAUCCACAUCCGAUGCUCCCAUUCUCACUCUCAGCCUACCAUCGUCUCCAGAGCCGCCCAAGCAGCUCGUAUGGCAUCGCAAGGGCGAUUACAUCGCUUCCGUGUCCGAAGCGCAAGGUGGCGUAUGGAUGCAUCAAAUAUCAAGGCGACACUCACAGGCGCCGUUCAAGAAGGUGAAAGGGCAGGUGCAGCUGGUGCUCUUCCACCCAACAAAACCGCAUUUCUUCGUCGCAACGCAACGCUACGUGCGGAUGUACAACCUCGCGGAACAGACGCUCCUGAAGACGCUGACGCCAGGCAUCCGGUGGAUUUCGUCCAUGGACGUGCACCCGUCAGGCGACCACCUCAUCGUCGGCGGCUACGACCGCAAACUGUGCUGGUUCGACCUCGAGCUGAGCGACAAGCCGUACAAGAUUCUCCGGUACCACGCGCGGGCGCUGCGCUCGGUGGCGUUCCACCCGACGUACCCGCUGUUCGCGAGCUCGUCGGACGACGGCUCGAUCCAGAUAUUCCACGCGCGCGUGUACAACGACCUGAUGACGAACCCGCUCAUCGUGCCGCUCAAGAUCCUCCGCGGGCACGGCGUGCGCGAGGGCCUCGGCGUGUUCGCCGUGCGCUGGGUGCCCCGCCAGCCGUGGCUCGUGAGCGCGGGCGCGGACGGGCAGGUCGCGGUGUGGUGUGCAUAG